AUGAGACAAAGCCAAGAGAGGAGAGCACUUAGACAAUUCAUUUUUAGUACAGGGAAGUCUGCUGGUAGGAAUUCCUCAGGGCGUAUUACGGUUUUUCACCGAGGGGGUGAAUCGAAGCGAUUGCAGCGAAGAAUUGAUCUGAAACGAAGCACUUCGUCAAUGGGCAUUGUAGAAAGGAUAGAAUAUGACCCUAAUCGUUCUUCUCGGAUCGCUCCAGUACGAUGGAUCGAGGGGGUCUGGGUCUGCCAGAGGAAAUUGAAUACGAUAGAGGAGUUCGCUCCGCCGCGUAAGCUCAUUGAACCUACCACGACCACCAUCCGCGGCCAAUUUUCGUUCUCUUCCCUGCCCGGGAAGGUGGAUCAAAGAAAGGUAGCUUGUCAAUUAAUUGACAAUGCCAAAAGAUGUGAUGCACAAAACCAAGUGACAUAUAACCCAACUUCCUCUUUCUCCUCAUCUCAAAGAAACUAA